CGCUCGCUCUCGGCCGUCCGCCCCGCCCGCCCGCCCCGGCCCGGCAGCAUGAGCCUGAGCUCCAAGGACCUGGCGAGCCUGCUGAGCAUCGUGUCGGAGGAGGCGGGCGGCAGCACCUUCGAGGGCCUGUCCAGCGCCUUCCACCACUACUUCGGCAAGGCCGAGCACUUCCGGCUGGGCUCGGCGCUGGUGCUGCUGCUGCAGCAGCCCGACCUGCUGCCCGGCGCGGCCCAGCGGCUCACGGCGCUCUACCUGCUCUGGGAGAUGUACCGCACCGAGCCGCUGGCCGCCAGCCCCUUCGCCGCGGGCUUCGCGCACCUGCUGGGCCCCGGCCCGGGCCCCGGCCCCGGCCCCGGCCCCGGCCCCGCGCCGCCGCAGCCGCCCGACCGGCCGCCGCUCUCGGGGUUUCUGCCUCCUAUAACUCCUCCGGAGAAGUUCUUCCUCUCCCAGCUCAUGCUGGCACCACCAAGGGAGCUCUUCAAAAAGACCCCUCGGCAGAUCGCACUCAUGGACGUGGGGGGCGCUGCCCAGGCUGUGGACAUCAGCGGCCUUCAGCUGGCCCUGGCAGAGCGCCAGUCCGAGCUGCCCACGCAGAGCAAGGCCAGCUUCCCCAGCAUCCUCAGCGACCCCGACCCCGAUUCCUCCGACUCCGGCUUCGACAGCUCGGUGGCCUCGCAGAUCACGGAAGCCUUGGUCAGCGGGCCCAAGCCGCCCAUUGAGAGCCACUUCCGGCCAGAGUUCAUUCGCCCGCCGCCUCCGCUCCACGUCUGUGAGGACGAGCUGGCGUGGCUGAAUCCCGCCGAGCCGGACCACGGGAUCCAGUGGGACAAGUCCAUGUGUAUCAAGAACAGCACUGGCGUAGAGAUCAAGCGGAUAAUGGCCAAGGCGUUCAAAAGCCCUUUGUCGUCUCCUCAGCAAACGCAGCUCCUGGGCGAGCUGGAAAAGGAUCCCAAGCUUGUUUAUCAUAUUGGCCUCACUCCCGCCAAACUUCCCGAUCUGGUGGAGAACAACCCUCUGGUCGCCAUAGAAAUGCUGCUGAAGUUAAUGCAGUCCAGCCAGAUCACGGAGUACUUUUCGGUCCUGGUCAAUAUGGAUAUGUCCCUGCAUUCCAUGGAAGUCGUGAACAGGCUCACCACGGCUGUUGAUCUACCUCCUGAGUUUAUCCACUUGUACAUAUCGAACUGCAUCUCUACCUGUGAGCAGAUCAAGGAUAAAUAUAUGCAGAACCGCUUGGUGCGCCUCGUGUGCGUGUUCCUCCAGUCCCUGAUCCGCAACAAGAUCAUCAAUGUACAGGACUUGUUCAUAGAAGUGCAGGCCUUCUGCAUCGAGUUCAGCAGGAUACGGGAAGCGGCUGGCCUGUUCCGGCUGCUCAAGACACUGGACACGGGAGAAACCCCUUCGGAGACCAAACUGUCCAAGUGACCCCACCCCCUGCCCAUCGCUCGGCCGGACUGUGGUUUACCUUGUAGAUAACCCCGAGUUGUUCGCUUGCUCUAAUACAUACACUUCGUCUACUUAAAGCAAAGUGGCUUCACUGGAUUUCUCCUUUAGGAAAGAGAGCCUGGGAAAUGUUUCUGUGGUGUUUUAUGGAAAACCUACCCGCUAGGGAAAUGACCCUCCCAGAGUUACUGCAUGAACGUAGACAAAGUCACUGGCACUCAUGAGCAAAGAACUCACGAGCUUGUGUAAGACAAGCCAUGCCUUCCUACGUUUCUGUCGAUGAAGACGUUCUCAAGAACUGCUGUCCUGCCCCGAGUGAGACCAGGUCUUCCCACUGUCAGGGGACAGACCCAAGCCUGAGCCUUGGGCCCUCACCUAAUAUUCUCAAGCUCUAACCUUCUAGCAGUCAUCGGGUUACAGGGAACCACGUGGCAGGGAAAAAAAUGCAUGUCUUUUAUUCAGACAUGAAAACCUCCAGGUCCUUUUUGAUCUGUAAUAGCUGGGAUAGUUUUCUGGGUUUUAUGUCCUCCACGCAGUCUUUAGUUCUGUUAAUAGCCUAAGGACAGUUAUUUGGAAGAAGGUCAGUAAUGUGGACAGGAGCUGUAGUGCCCACACCCUGCCCUGUCUGCCGGGCCUGCCCAGAGGGAAGGAGCUCAGGGGGCUGGUUCUCAACCAGGGACAGCACAGUGCCUUACAGUAA